UCCUGCGCAGAAAAGGCGCGUGAAGAAACGCACUUCCUGACAGUUUGUGCUGUGUGAUGUCUGCUCCAACUUUAAUUUUCUUGUUUGUCAUAACAUGUAUUUCUUGGACGGAAAAUAUAGCAGUAAAUGCUCCCCCAAACAUUAUCAUAAUGCUUAUGGAUGACAUGGGUUGGGGGGAUCUGGGGGUCUUUGGGCAGCCCUCCAGAGAGACCCCCAACCUGGAUGCCAUGGCUGCAGAGGGCAUGCUGCUUCCAAACUUCUACACUGCCAACCCACUGUGUUCACCAUCCAGAGCUGCACUUCUCACUGGGAGGCUGCCUGUCCGAAAUGGCUUCUACACCACGAAUGGCCAUGCCAGAAACGCAUACACACCGCAGGAGAUCGUGGGAGGGAUAUCCAGGGAUGAGAUUCUGUUACCUCAGAUGCUGAAAAAGAAAGGAUAUGUCAACAAGAUAGUUGGAAAAUGGCAUCUGGGUCACAGAGCACAGUACCUUCCCCUGAAGAACGGAUUCGACGAAUGGUUUGGUGCACCGAACUGCCAUUUUGGACCCAACAACAACAGCGGGCGACCUAACAUCCCUGUGUAUAACAACUCGGAAAUGGUCGGCAGAUACUAUGAGGAGUUUAAGAUCGACAGAAAGACUGGAGAGUCCAACCUCACACAGAUUUACUUGCAGGAAGGUCUUGACUUCAUUGUCCGGCAGACUGUAGCCCAACAGCCCUUUUUCCUGUACUGGGCCGCCGACGCCACUCAUGCUCCAGUCUAUGCUUCCAGACGCUUCCUCGGGAAGAGCCAGCGAGGCCGGUAUGGUGAUGCAGUGAUGGAACUGGACGACAGUGUUGGUCAGAUCCUGUCACAGCUGAGGAGUCUGGGUAUUGAAAACAGCACCUUUGUUUUCUUUACCUCUGACAACGGAGCUGCUCUAAUGUCGGGCCCAAAUGAGAGUGGCAGCAACGGGCCGUUCCUCUGUGGGAAGGAGACCACCUAUGAAGGGGGCAUGAGAGAGCCUGCCAUUGCCUGGUGGCCUGGAAACAUCGCAGCAGGCACGGUGAGUUUCCAACUGGGCAGUGUAAUGGACCUGUACACCACCAGUUUAGCACUGGCUGGCAUCAGUCUGCCUGAUGAUCGAGUCCUGGACGGACUGGACUUGACAGCAGUCUUCCUGAACAGCUCUCAAACACUGCAGAACAGACCAAUCUUCUAUUACCGAGGGAAUGAACUGAUGGCGGUCAGACUUGGACAAUACAAGGCCCACUACUGGACCUGGACCAACUCGUGGGAUGAGUUGAAAGAGGGUGUGAACUUCUGUCCAGGUCAGGAGGUAGCGGGUGUGACCACACAUGAGCAGAAGGCACACACACUACAACCUCUUAUUUUCCAUCUGGGCCGGGAUCCUGGAGAGAAGUUCCCUAUCAGUGUUUUGACCAUGGAAUACCAAGAGGUACUAAGCCGCAUCUCCCCAGUUGUGAAGGAGCAUAGGAAGAUGCUGAUACCAGGCGUUCCUCAGCUCAACAUGUGUGACAGGGCUGUGAUGAACUGGGCCCCAGCCGGCUGCGAGAAGUUAGGAAAGUGUCUCAAAGCUCCCAAGUCAGCUCCCUGGAAGUGUGAAUGGCCGCACUGAGUGGAAAAUACUACUGGGGCAGAAAGGAGCACAAGGAAGUGGCCCUGUCUGCAGAUAAACAGACUUUUUUUUAAGAGUUCAGUGUUUUAAAUGAGUUGCUAGGUUGUCAUAUUAUGUGCUCUGUGAUUAAAUAGCACCUUUUUACCUAAA